AUGCCUCCCUCCAGCGCUUCGGGUUCAGGCCCAAGGCUUCGGUCUGACCUGGUCGCGCAGGAGCAUCGCAGACUCGGUUCAGGAGAAAGGGAGAAGGCAGAGGCGACACCUCUCCCCGGCUUGCAGAGUACAAGUCGAAUAGCACUCAAAAAUAUCGACUCGCCGUGGUUUCUGAUACCCCAGGGGACCGGCGUCUUGGCUAUCGUACUCUGGCAGCUGCCUUACCAGUUUCGGGGACUACAUACCAUCAGUAUCGUUUUCUGGGGCAUGACAAUAAUUCAAUUCUUUACAAUUCUGUUUUUCAAUACCGAGGUAGCAUGCCUUGCCAGUAUAGUGGUCACUUUCACAGCCAUUGUGCAGAUGCUGGCUCUCUUACUUGGGGAACAUGGCUGGGAGUUUGCCGUGUAUGCCCUAUGGUGGGUUUGUGCUGUCUUAUCUCUGCUCAUGGUCAUCGGUGUUCCGUAUGUGUUCGCGAAUAUCAGACCCCCAAGCAUUGCUCGCCUUCUCCCGAAUGUCCAGCUUCCUCUCGUCACAGCAAUGACUACUGCCACAGCUGGCAGUGCUUUAUGUCAAGCAACGCCGCUAAGCCCCAAACUUCAGGUUCCGCUCAUCUUGGUUUCGUAUCUGUUGAUUGGGCUGGCAGUACCUCUAGCUUCCAUACUCGAUACACUGUUCCUCGGGCGCCUAUACAACGAAACCAAGGACGACAAGGCGAACCGUGGAAAAUCUGAGGCACUCAACCUGGCUUAUCAAUCCCUUGUCUUGGUCGGUCCCUGGGGGCAGUGUAGCUCAGCUCUCCAGGGGCUCGGUCAGGCUGUACUCAGCGGCAGCUUCAGUCAUUACAAUACUGGCAUCAUCUUGACCAGUCAGGCGGCACCGGCAAUUGGCUACCUCAGCCUCUUUGGGGGCAUUAUCUUCUGGGGCCACGCAACGUUCUGGUGGGCUUUCACAAUCAUCAGUGUCGCUCAGGCUGCCUUUGGGUAUGGGAGGGCACAGCACAAAGCCGGCUUUGAUCUGGCUGCAUGGUCGAUGGUCUUCCCCUGGGGCGUGUAUACAUCCGCUGCGGAAGACUUAGGUCGGAAUCUUGAUUCGUCGGCAUUCAGGGUCUGGGCUACGGUUCUCGCGGUACUCAUGGUAGUGAUCUGGAUACUGAAUACUGCGUAUACCAUCAAGGGAUGUGUCGCAGGCACCCUCUUGGGACUCGAAAACGGGUGGAGAAGACCACAGCAGGACGAAAUUUCUUGA